ACGGCCGCGACGUACGUCAUUUAGUGAUAAUUGAUAAGCCAAAGCUUGGUACUUGUUGAUUUGAUAAAAUCAUUAAGAUCAAUAGCAAAAACAAAAGUUUCCGCCAGUGCAGCUUACAAAAUAGAAAAAUGAAGGAAUUAAUGUUUAGAGUCCUACCAAAGUUUGAGUUAUUCGUAUUAAUAUGCAUCAUAAAUUCUAUUUGUUGCGGACGACUGUUUGGUGAGGAAGGCUAUUAUCCUGCCGGGUACUACGACAGUCAGCAAGCUCAAUAUGAAAAAAUUAAAACUGCGCUCACAAAAUUGGAACAUGCGCCCCAAUGGGUGAAUGACUGGCCAGACCCAUCCAUCAGAAUGGGCCAAGUAUCAGGCGUGGCUAUAGACAACUCUGGCCAAGUGCUGGUGUUCCACCGUUCCCACAAUGUGUGGGAUGCCACAACAUUUAACAAUAGAGAUGUGUACCAGGGUAUCGGAGAGAAAGCUAUACCAGAACCCACAAUAUUAGUCCUCAAUGAUACUGGGGAACUGGUGGAUAUGUGGGGGCAGAACCUGUUCUACAUUCCUCAUGGCAUAACAGUGGAUUAUGAAGGCAAUGUGUGGGUGACUGAUGUGGCCAUGCACCAGGUCUUCAAAUUCACUCCAGACAACAGGCUGAAGCCCAACUUGACUCUUGGAGAGAAGUUUAUUCCCGGUAACGACGAAAAACAUUUCUGCAAGCCUAGCGCGGUUGCUGUCCUCUCCACCGGGGACUUCUUUGUAGCUGAUGGCUAUUGCAACCACAGGAUCCUCAAGUUCUCCCCCGACGGCAAUAUUAUACUGCAGUGGGGACUCAGUCACGGCAACUCCCCGUUCGCGUUCAACGUGCCGCACGCGCUAACGCUCGCCGAGGACCGCGGUCUUGUGUGUGUAGCCGACCGGGAACGCGGCCGCGUCGCCUGCUUCCGCCACGACAACGGCACCUACGAGGGCAGCUUCAGCAGCUGGCUGAUGGGCGGCCGGCUGUUCAGCGUCGCGUACGCUCCGGUGCACGGUGGUCGUCUCUACAUCGUCAACGGGCCGGACAGCCCGCUCCCCAACCCAGUUCCAGUUCGCGGCUUCGUCAUCGACUUCACAACGGGCCGGUUGAUCCAAACCUUCGCUCCCGACGAGGGUCUGCAGAACCCACACGAUGUGGUAGCAUCAGCCGACGGUUCUAAAGUAUAUGUCGCUGAGUUGAACCCUUUCAGGGUGUAUAAGUUCGUGGAUGAAAUAUUGAGGAAUGAAAGCCGUUUGGAGAAGAAUGUGACGUCACACGUCAAGCCUACGGCGACAGUUGAGGUGGUGGGCAGGUCUAGCUCUGGGGCGGGCGCGUGGGAGUGGUGGAGCGGGGCGCUGGGCGGGGCGGGGGGCGCGGCGGCGGCGGCGCUGCUGGCGCUGGCCGCGCUCGCGCUGCUGCGCGCGCGCAACACCGGUAAGGGAUACGAAGCUGAACCCCUAGUACAUUGAUACACACGGAGCGAGGACAGAUGAGCAGAGAUGCCAUAAUGUAGCUAGGUAGGACGCCUGCUUCUAGGUCAAAUUCAUUUGGAGGUCAUGACCAAAACGACCCAGUUACGAGUGAAUUAACGAAACGUUCGGGUUCUUUGGGACAUCUAUCAACGAGUUUUGGUAUACCAAAAAAUGGUCGGGUCCAAAGAAGGCGUAUAAGGGCGAGAACAGUAACGCUCCUCGUCGCCUGCAUACCCGCAUUUUGACGCGCUACUUUCUUAGGCGAUUUUCCGUUAUGGCAGCUCCGCUAGUCAUUCUGUUCUCCAUGGUUGAUAAACAUCCACAAAAAUACAUACAUACAUUAUCUACAUAUUUAGGCUGCCCGACCACGUCUUAUAAUUUGGUGACAGAUUUUUUGUAGGGGAAAAAUAGAACAAUUGGCCCAUUUAUAUUUCCUACAAAAAGUCUGACGUAAUCGGGCAGCCUGAUUAUAAUUUAUCGUGUCAGCUAAUCGUGAAUUUAAUUUAGAAGUUGAGCCCUUGGAAUCUUAUUUCAUUGUCAAAGAAUAUUUUAAUUAAAUUGCGUUUAAUUUACAUUGGCCUAUGACAUGCCUACAAUUAUGCACAAAUUGUUAAGUAACCCCAAAUGAGCUAAAAUUCUAAGGGUUAAAGUUAAUAAAUUCAGGUCAAGUAGAGCUAGCUGUUAGAAUUUUUAGAAAAAACAAAUAAGUAAUUUUGUUUUUUCUGGUAGUAAAUUACAACACUAAAAACCUUUAAAAAAUAAAUAGAUUUUUACUAAAGCCUUGUAAACACAUUUAACGUAUUAAGCUUAUUUUAAUGUUUCUACCGGGUAAAGUGAGAAUACUUGCCAACUACUAUAGUAUUGUUAAUUGAUUGACAUUGGUAUUAAACCGUCCGAUUUAUUAAACAGUAUAAAUUAACUAAAACGUAUAUAAAAUACUAAGUAUUUAUCUCGAAUUAUAUUUUGAUCUGACAACUAUUUUAAAAGUGAUUAGAUCACGAAAAUGUGGCAAGAAAAUCAAUGGAACUUCUUACAAUUUGGGUCCUAACUAUUGUAAUAUAUAGAUCUCUUUCUAUAUGAACUUUUUAUGUAGGAUAUACCUAUAUAAAUACCUACAUAUAGAUAGGAACAUCUUUCCUACCCAGUAUAUCAAUUAGUUUAAUAAGUAUAAGUUAAACUAUGCUAUUUAUUAAAAAAAAGAAUAUCAAUGCAUAAUUAUUUAUUUUGAAAUAGUAAUUAUUUUUAAAAUAUAGGUAUGCUAUUUGAAUGGUGGGCAACCCACAAUAUGAAAACAAGAAAAAAAAACAUUAAUGAUUAUUCUAUCUGUGAUGAUAAGAAAAAUGAAAGUUAUUUUUUUAAUACAAAAGCAUUUUAAAAGCCGAAAAAUAUUUAUUUGCUAUUUAAUGUUCAAAUGAUAAAUUAAGAAGUUUUUUAAUAUGGCUUGUAUCAGUGACUGAUUUUUUAAUGAAUAUGUUUUUAUUUAUUUAUUAAUUCAUAGUUCAAACGCGAUAGAUAUCUUUAUUUAUUUUUUGUAUAUUUUGUUCUGUACUAGUUUUAAGUUUUACCUUCACGAGAUUACGAAUUAUUUGUAGUUGUAGGAAGUUUAGACUUCUGAAAUAUCACCUACUACGUGUAAGUUAACAGUUAAAAUUAGACUAUAAACAUUCCUUUUAAAAAAAGGUGCCUGCAUUCGUCGCAAAGGGCAACGAGGCUUUUUCGGCUAAUUUAAGGCACCCUUAGUGUUAUGAAAUUAUGUUACAAAGGUUCGUUUACAAAGAAAAUAGUUACUAUUUGGUCACACUGAAGCCACAAUUUUAAGAAUAGCGUUUCACUGACAACGAAAUGAUAUUAUAUACCAAAAAAAUAUUCCUCUAACUAUUCAAAAACCAGUGAAAAUUAAAACUCAGUUAUCUUUGGUAAUUUUACGCCAUAGAAUCGUUUCGUUGUCAGCGAUAACGCAGAUUGGAUUCGCUAGUUUAAGGUCCGUUUUGGAUGCUAGACUGCACACGCCGCGACUGCAUGAAAACAAUUGAUAAUCUUGGGGCGACUGCACGUGGUGCUGCUGCUUUGAUCCGAAACGGUUUAAAUACAAACCAGUAGUGCAGUCGGCUGCUAGCAUUCAAAACGUACCUUCAAAAUAUCACUAUUUCGUCCUGUUAUUUCGUUUUACACAAUCUCACUUUUAAAUUAUUUUGCGCUUUCAAAUAUUGUGAUUGUAAAUGUGCAAUGAUAUCGUUGGAUUGUAAAAAUAUAUUUAUUGGAAGCAGC